CUCAGAUGAGACCUCCGUUCACAAUUGCACACAUGAUUGAGUUCUUUCAAGAGAUCCAUGGCAAGACAGCAUUCAUGGAUUUUCCUAUUACCGAUGUGGAUUUUGGUUUGUGCAAAUGGGAAAACUCCAGAUGUCCAGGUAACCUGCACGUUUUCAGAAGACUGCGUUCUUCCAUGCCUCUUUGAACCAGUUGGAGCUGAGAUCAUCUACUGGUUCAGACAGAAUGUUCUCCUCCACACUUUUAAACAAGGAAGUGGCUUUCUGGACCAGCCAGACAAGCGUUACACUGGGAGAACGUCACUUUCCAAUGACACGAUUCCCUUUGGUAACGCUUCUUUACAUAUUCCAAAAAGCGGCCCGCAAGAUAGAGGGAGAUACAGGUGUCUUGUCACCAGCAGUCAGGAGACGAGGGAGCACUCCAUCACAGUGAAAGUAAAAGCCCCUAUCGAGUCGGUAAACAUGGAGACGUCAUGGCUCAGCGGUUACGAGGAAGUCAAAUGCUCUGCCCGAGACGUCUAUCCAGCUCCUCGUGUAACACUGUUCACCGAGCCGCCCGUUCUCCCUGACGGCCUUCAAACUGACACCCGCAAAACGGCCGACAAGCAGGGCCUAUACACAGUAGAGAGUAAAAUCAGAAAGCUGGAAGAUCAGGCCAAUCUAACCUACAUCUGUCUGGUUCAAUCAUUCUACGGGUCUCAGAUAUGGAGGACAUCGCUGCAGGAAAAAGAAAUGUACAGCGUGGAGGGAAAGGACUUCAUCAUCCCGUGCGUGGCUCCAUGGAUUCUGGACAACUUUACACUGACAUGGUCCUUCACCAAAGAACACAAGUCAUCAGUCAUCUACACAUAUGACAGCAUCACACACCUCGGCUUUAGUGUUUGGGAGGAGAGGAUUCGGCUCGUGCCCCCUAGUGGCCAAAGAGGGAAUGGCUCUCUACAGCUACACAACCCAAUGAGAAUGGAGCACACUGGCAUCUACACAUGCGUCCUGUCUUCCUUCCAGACGAAACAUGUGGUCCACGCUAGAGUCAACAUCAUUCCAAUGACUGCUAAAAGGCUGCCCAAGAGCUACCCCCAGUGGACUACUGCUGCUAUAAUCACAGGCCUGACUGUCACUGCUGCAGUAGUAGUCAUAGCGAUUGUGAAAUGUAAAGCAGUUAGCAGGACACGGUCAAUUCAAACCCAUGAGGAGGCUAUAGAGAUGCACCCAAUGAGAGAUGCAAACAGUGGAGAUCCUUCAGAGACCAUCUGCUUAUCAGAAGAGACAGAAAAGAGGCAAACAUGACAUGAUGGAGAGUAAGCAGUGGAAUCAUUUGGUUUAGAGCAAUCAAAUUGCCAUCUAAACCAUCUCUAUAGAGCUUCCCAGAUAGAAAGAUGACAUUGAUAUUGGAUUUUUCUUCUGAACCUUCUUUUUGGUUGGGAUUAAAAGAUCAGUGUUGGUGCAAUAUUAAAUUGAAAGCACAAAAGUUAAAGCGUGUUAAAGCAAAAGUACAAAAGCUGAAGGGAAGAAUAUACACGAGAUAAUGUUGCUUCAGUCUGAGUUGAUGGUGUUGAUGUGGAAACACUGAUUUAACAUUGCUUCAGUGCUUGUUUUGCAAUCUGGGCUUCCUUUAAAUGUUGAUCUUAUGUGGCAUUCUACUGAGAAAAAAUAUUUUUUCAGGAUUGUCUAUAUAAAAAAUACAGAGAUGUACUUAUAAUAAUGUAUAAUAAUUAACAAAACUGACUAAUCAUACAAUAACAUUUGCAGUUGCUUUAAUUAUAUUGUUUCUCUAUUAUAAAUCAUACCUUUUUGAAUUGCAAAUCAUUUGACCCAAGUAAAAACUUCUGGAUGUCAUUCUGCGUAUGAAGACCAAUAACUGUCUGAUAGUGUGAAAUGUUUUUUUUUAAACUUUUUUUUACUUUGACUUAGGCUACAAGGUAUUGUGAAUUAUUGAUGUGAAGCAAUGCAUUUUUUUGAUCUUGUACAGUGAGAUGUCAAAACUGUAAAUGGAUAUUUAAAUUAUAUGCUUCUGUUAUGUAAUCGUGUCUAUGGAGUUUAACCAUAAUAUAAUAAACGUAAUAAAAAUAAAUGACACAAAUCAAGCAGUAGGUGGCAGAAAAGUUAACGUCAAAAGAAUACUUUGUGCAUUACUAAGUUAGGCAUUAGACUAGAGCUUCAGUAUGGGAGGUACAACCUUAGGAAUGAGAAACAAGUUCAACAAGUUAACCUGGACGACAUGCUUUUGUUUAAUUGUGCAUUUGUUUCUUUAUUAAAAUGAAAGCAAACAUUGUGAUUUGUGGCUAUGAACAAAUGCCUCUCUAGGACUUAUUUAUAUGACUAUGAAGCUGGUGACUAGGACUUUAAACUUUCUUUGGAUCCUUCCUUUAAUUCUGAGUAAAGACAUUGCUAUCACUUGUUUUUACUCUGAGGAGUGUUUGUUACCAUGUCAAUCAACAUACCACAACAUCAUUCACUGGUACAAGGGACAAAAAGCAGUGCAUUCAUUCUAUCAGGGCAAAGACCAACUGUAGUAUCAGGAUGAAGAAUACAAGGGCAGAACAUCACUGCUCCCUUCAUCUAAAAUCAAUGAAGGCAACGUAUCACUCUUGUUAAAACACACGCGAAUCCAAGAUGAAGGGAAAUACAAGUGU